AGCAAAUAUUGAGCAACUCCGAAGAUUUAAUUGUCUUUACACAGAUCAGAAGCUGUGCAACUUCGCGCCUAAAGAGCCAGAGUUGUGACCACUCAGCGCACGUGUUACGCCACGCCUAGCAGACAGGAAAUAGUAAAACGGCAGCGGAGCUCGAGCUCCGCCUCCGGCCUCCGAAGCCACACUACAGCAGGAACACGCGCUUAUAAUUGAUAAAUUAUUCGCAAGGAACAAACCAUGGAUACGAAGUUGUUUAUCGACCUGUUGGCCAACCGGUCAGAGUCGAAAUUCGAGCAACUUCCCGAGAAAAUUACCGAGUACAUGCCGAAAAAGGAACCGACGUACGAUAAAGAUCUUGGGAUAAUCUUUCGCGUUCUUGAGCCGUAUUACACCAAAGCAGCUGUCUAUGCAAAGCAAAAACUGUUUCACUGUGAUGAUUUUGCAAGAUCUGCCUCACAAGCAUGCUACACAUGAGACUAAAAACCUGUCAUGCGCGUUUCCCAAAGGAAAACACGCUUGAAAUUCCAAUGCCUUGCAAGUGUAGCAAGACAAAUACUUCUGUGUUCCAUUUUCUGCAUCACAAAUUCACAGUGAAACAGUUUUUUUUUGCGAUACUGUCGACGAUGUCACAACGGCCAUGCUCAACGGCGAGAUCUCGUCGGGAACACGGUGGCCGCGGCAAAUGGCAGAGAAGGUUUGCGUUUGAAAAUGUUUUUUUAUGAAUGUGCAGCUUGUUCCUCCGGGUCAUUUUUAAUAGGUGUCGGUUGCAUGAUCCGUCCUGCCGUUCGGCGUGUGUAUGUUGGUUCGUUCCUAGUACGAUCUUCCUUGUGAAGAUAGAUAUUCGUUUUGCUCGUGCUAAGUACAACUUGAAGAUCCUUAUAAAAUGACAUCCGAAUGAUCUUAUUUAUUAAAACUAUCGCAAGAUUUGCGCCACCUACUCGGUUCCGGUCGCUUUUCCGACCUCUUCUGGCGCGUCGGCCCUGCACGUUUCCUUGUUGUGCAUCAACGUCUACCAGUACGAGGUGAUCGUUCCCGCACUGACCAUGGUGGCGGUCGCCAACGCGGUCAAACUGGCGGGGGGCAUCCCCAUCUUUGCGGACUGCGCCAAAGACAACAUCAACCCGUCGCUGAAGGAGAUCAAGGCCAAAAAAUCGGUCAGGACGAAAGCGGUCAUCGUUUGCCACACCUACGGGAUCGUAUGCCCCGAGAUCCGGGAAAUUGCCGAGUAUUGCAAACUAUGAACUGCAAAAGUAUCGUAUUCGUAUCACUAUCAAUGCAUUACAAAUUUCCUCAGCAUGAGAAAUAAAAUUUGUAAUGCGGAGCUGCCUUACGGAAAAGAUUUGUAAUGCAUGACUGCAAUUACUACGAGUACGAUACUUUUGCGCAGCAUACAAACAGGAAAAUCUACCGCUAAUCGAGGACAUCUGCGAGUGCAUGGGCGCAAGGGUAGACAACCAUCCCGAGCUAUUGCAAUGAAAAAUGCCCCCACCCCCGAACUUGAAAGCAUUUGUAUUGCAAACCUUUCCAAAUGAAACAUUCGCCCACUUGCAUGUAUCAGCAUCACAGAUUUCCGAUCGUGAAUAGGAAAAAUUUGUAUUGCAAAAGAUCGCAGCAAGAGCGGUGCUUGUCAUGCAAGCAAUGCGAAACACCACUAGAAUCUGCAUCAGAAAGAUUCAUAUUCCUUUCAUGCAUGACAAAAGGUUUUCAUUUGGAAACUUCGCAUCACAAAUUUUUGCAACUUUGGGGGUGGGGGGCACUUUUCACUGUAAUACGAGCCGAGAGUACUGAGGGGAAGCUCUAUUAUAAAUGGGAAAGCGAUGCUGGAUCAUAUUUUUCUUUUUGUGUCGUCAGCCCCAGCACUUCAAUUUAUUCGCACAGGAAGGAGUGCAAACGCUACAAAAACAGAACCCAAAUAACACAAACAUCGUCGUGAAGGUUGCAAAUCCCAGUACUUGUGCCUAAGCAAAAAAAUAAGCAGAAGUACAUAAAAACAAAACUACCAGGAUCCUACCGUGGGUCGGUACCUGCUCGCCGGUGCGUUUGGCGAUUUCAGUUGCUCCAGUCUGUAUGCCAACAAGCAGAUCACCGCGGGCGACGGUGGCUGGGUGCACAGCAUUUCAGAGGAACACGCGCCGCGGCUGAAGAGUUUGAUCAACCACGGGUUUGACCCCGCGUUUCACUUCCUGCACUUUGAAACCGCGCCCAACGCCAAGAUCAACGGUCUGGGCGCGGCGUUUCUCAACUCGCAAAUCGGCGAAAACCUCCACCAGCAGGUGGAGAAGCGGCACGAGAUCGCGUUUUGGUACCGGAAGGCACUGUGGAACGAGAAAUUGACGGCGUUCAACCCGGAGGGGACGGAAACGGAGCGAACUGCGGCUUUGGCGACUGCAACGUCCUCCAGCAGCGGGGAAGACGAGGAGGACCCAACGACCGCGACGCAGACGGGAGAGGACCACAUGGGGGAGUCAAAUAGUUCACUAGCAGCUCCUCCUGCGCAAGAACAAGGUGCGCAACAAGACGACACAAAUUUCCUGACCCCGAAGUCGGAAGCCACCAGCAAGCUGGAAAACAGUCAGAGUGGUAGACUCCCUCCGCUCUUCCCUCUGCGCGGUAUCAACGAGAAGACAAUCAUGCAGAACCGGUGUUUCUUCGACGCGCCGUGGGUAUUCGGGAUAGAGACCAAAGACCAGAAGACCCGGGAUUCGCUGCGGCAGUAUCUCGCAGAAUUCGGCAUCGAGUCGCGGAACUACUUCUUCCCCUUGCACGUGCAGCCGGUAAACUACUACGAAUACGCACGGGGCGUCGCGGGCAGCUACAAGGCCUGGGAGGUGGAGCUGCCUCACGCGCUCAAGUUCGGCUCGGUGGGCCUGUACCUGCCCACCCACAGUUUCCUGGAGGAGGAAGAUGUUACGUACAUUGUAGCUGUGUGCAAGAGGUUUUUUUUCCCUCCAGAAGAAGCUGCGAGAAAUCAGCAUAGUACCUCGGAGGAGGACAAACUGUUCAAAGAGCUGUCGACGGCCAGGAAAAAAGGCUGGGUAGACGAAAAGAGAAGUGUUUUACUAGGGACGAAAGGAAGUAGAUGA